AUGACCGACUACUCGAAAUUGAAAGUCACCGACCUGAAGGCCGAGUUGAAGCGGCGCGGCAUCGCGCAGACCGGUCUCCGCGUCAAACAGCAAAUCAUCGACCGGUUGGAGGAAGAAGAUGCUCGCGAAGCUGCCGGACAGGAUGCGACCGCGGAACCGGGCUCCGAUCGCGAAAAUGCGCAGCCGCAGCAGCAGGAAGAGGAAGAGGAAGAGGAAGUGAGCGAGCCUACACCGGAGGCGGAGGAGGAGGUACAACAGGAGCCGGUCCCCGAUGAGACCGUGAAGCAAACGGAGGCCGAGGAUUCGACACAGCCACGGGAACAACCGCUGGAGCAGACUGAGGCUGCAGUGCCUCAGCUGGAGAGUGUAGUAGAGGAGACGAUUGCCCGUGGCGAUCAGGUCGCGGAGGAGUUGUCAGAGCAGCCGAAAGAGAAGGAGGAACUAGGUACAAAAGCGCAAGAGCCAGAAGAGAAGGUGGUCGCGACUGACGCCUCUGCAGUGCAGGAAACGACGACCGAGCCACCUGUCGCCCCGGUUGAGCAGGCUCCCGGAAACGAACCCGCGCGGGAACCUACAGCCAUCCAGCACCAAGAUGCAGAGCUCAAGGAGACCGCGCCGCCUACAAGUAUCCCUUCGGAAUUGAACACAGCAUUCUCAACUCCUCUUCCCACAGAGGAGCUGUUAGAGGAUCGACGCAAGCGCAAGCGACGUAGCCAGAGUCCUGUGCCCACACUGGAAGCUCUGGCCAUCAAAAAGGCGAAGGCGCAAGAGGAAGAGCCUCGCGUGCUGCUGCCUGAAGAUCAAGGAUCAUCUAUGAUGGAGGUGGAUCAACAGGGAGAAGAAGGGGCAGCGCAUUCGCGCGAACCCCCUGAGGCACGUGCUGAGCCUGAGACGGCGGCGCCAGGUCAGGAAACGGAAUCUGCUCCGGCCGCUGACGAUACAACCCUCGCAGCCAAGAAAGAUGCCCCGCCGAAACACGAUGUUCGUUUCAAAGGUCUCUUCGCGGGGCCGGGAGUCGACCAAGCCCGUCCGCCGUCUCCUCCCCCUGAUGUUGCUGUGGACGAGGCAGUGGUUGAGCCUGCCCUACAUGCUGCCACUGCUGCGCUCUACGUUGGAGGCCUGAUGCGGCCGAUGCAGCCGGCGGCCCUCCGAAGUCACCUGGUUACUCUUGCUUCGGCACCUGGCGCUUCCCCGAAUGCUGAUGUGAUCCUCGAUUACUACCUGGACCCCAUCAAGACACACUGCUUUGUGAGCUUUACAAGUGUCUCGGCCGCGUCGCGUGUCCGAACGGCCCUCCAUGGGACCGUUUGGCCUAACGAACGCAACCGAAAGGCGUUGUUUGUCGACUUCAUUCCCGAAGACAAGCUACAGUCGUGGGUUGAACGAGAGGAGGGGACCCGGCAGCGUGGCGGGCCCGCACCUCGAUGGGAAGUGAGAUACGACCGUACAGACGACGGUGUCGAAGCUGUGUUAGAAGAAGUCGAUUCCCGCAAACCGGCCGCCCAAGCUGCGCGUGCACCUGACCUCGCUGGCUUCUCUCGUCCACCGCCCACCGGUCCCCGUGCAGAGGGUCGUGGUCCGACUCGACGUCCCAGUAGCCCUGGUGUCGCACGGUCAGAUUCCCACCCGGGCCAAGGGUUCAAGCCCUUGGACGAGCUGUUCAUGUCCACCACCACCAAGCCUAAGCUCUACUAUCUGCCCGUGACCCGGGAGGUGGCUGACCGGCGUCUCGAUCGGUUCGACGACCUGCUACGAAAAGGCGCCUUCCCCCGGCGGGGAGGGGACGAGACCCGUCGUAUUACUUUCGAAGACGGUGACCGAUUUGUUGACAAGGGGCCGGAGUACUUGGGUGGUGGACGGGGCCGACGCGGCGGCCGCGGCGGCCGAGGACGGGGAGGAGGAAUGGGUGAUUCGUGGCGAGACGACCGACGCAGUCGAUGGUAA